GAACUCAUUGGCUAUCUGUGAUUUUAACUCCAGGACAGUGCGCAGGGCGUGCUAACUGUUGGCUGAAGUCUGGUGCCCGCAGCGCUCCCCCCCACUGCAGAUUUCCUAUUGGGAGUCCAGUUCCUGCGUGUUUCCCAACCUCCUAACACGAGAGAAGCAAUCUCUGAGACAAAAUACCAAGAGUGAAACAAUUAACCGAGUCUAGGAAACUAAACCCGAGGCCUACUUUACCUGCAACAGUUGCUUUUUCUUUGUUUUGGUGACUAAUAAUGUGGAGAAAAAAGAUGCUGUUCUCUGAUUCUUUGGGGUGCCUCUUCAUUUUGUUACUUGCUUUUUGCGAAACGCACCAGUUCUUGUCACAGAGACAUGCGUCUCAGUUCCUGACUAGAAGGCGAAGAGCCAACUCUUUAUUUGAAGAAAGUAAGAAAGGGAAUCUGGAGAGAGAGUGCAUCGAGGAGCUGUGCAACAAGGAAGAAGCCAGGGAAGUCUUUGAGAACGACUCUGAGACAGAAUACUUCUAUCCCAAGUAUGUUGCUUGUCUCGGCUCACACCGCGUGGGAAUAUUAAACAGCCCCCUGUCACAGAGUUCAGAGGCUCCGGCUACCCUGAGAUCCUGUGUUAAGGAGAUCAGCAACCAGUGUUCUCCCCUCCCCUGCUACAGAGAUGGUUAUGAGAAAUGCGUGGAUGGGAAAGGCAGGUAUGAGUGCAUCUGCAAACCUGGAUGGCGUGGAGAAAGAUGUGAAGAAGAUAUAAAUGAAUGCGAGGACCCAGAAGCGCUUGCAGCAUGUAACCAGAAAUGUUAUAAUUAUCCUGGGGGCUUCCGCUGCCUCUGUGAGGAUGGCUACUACCUGCUGACUGACCAGCAGACCUGCACAGAUUUCAAUGAAUGUGUGAUGUACCCCUCCAUCUGUGGCUCUGCAAGCUGUGUCAACACACCUGGAAAGUAUGUGUGUGCUUGUGCCAGGGAAGGAUACAGGUACAACUUCACAUCACAGACCUGCGAGGACAUUAAUGAAUGUGAGGAGAAUAUCUGUGAGCAGAGCUGUGUCAACAGUCGUGGAAGCUAUUCCUGCUAUUGCAAUGGGACGAGAGGCAUGAAGCUGGCAAAAGACAUGAAGUCCUGCGAGCCUAUUCCUAUAUGCAUUCCUCUGAAAACAGCAAGGAACUCUGAGAUGCUGUACCUGGGAGAGCAGUUUGUGGCCUUGCCUGUGGUUUAUCUGCGCUUCAGGUUGCCCGAAAUAACUAAAUUUGCAGCAGAAUUUGAUCUCCGGACGUUCGACCCAGAGGGUGUCAUACUGUAUGCUGAGUCUUCCCAGAACUCCUCCUGGUUCAUGGUGGGGCUCAGGGAUGGGAAGAUUGAGAUCCAGUAUAAGAAUCAGCAUUCAGUGAAGAUCACUAGUGGCGGGAAAGCCAUUAAUAAUGGCCAAUGGCAUUGUAUCUCCGUGGAGGAGCUGGAGAAAAGCAUCAGUGUUAAAAUAGCCAAAGAAGCUGUGAUGAGCAUUAGCAGCCCCGAGAGUCUCUUCCAUCCCAUUGACGGAAUCCUGGAGACCAAGCUUUACAUUGCAGGGUUACCGCGCCCGGUAGACAGCCUUGUUAAAUCGAUUAACCCGCGUCUGGAUGGCUGUAUUCGUGCCUGGAACCUGAUGAACCAGGGGGGUUCUGGAGUGAAGGGAGUCAUUCAAGAAAAGGAGAACAAGCACUGUUUAGUGGAAGUGGAGAGGGGCUCCUACUUCCCUGGUUCUGGGAUGGCCCACUUCAGGAUAGACUACAAGAGCAUAGAUGGGAAGAACUGGACACUGAGUUUGAAACUGAACAUUCGUCCAUCAACAAGCACAGGAGUCAUCUUUGCCUUAGCCAGUGGUGAGACGGUGCCACUUUCUGUUGCCAUAGUGGACUCUGAUUCUCCAAACGAGCAGGAAAUAGCUGUGUUUAUUGAGAAUGUGAAAGUGACUCGGCUGAAGUCUGUUAGACUUUGUUACCCAGGACACCUGGAAGUGGAGCUUGAGAUGUCGAGCAGCGAGGUCCAGAUUAAAGCAAGCUCCUUCACGGCGGUGCACUACACAGAGCCCCCAAAAAUGGAGAAGCAGCUCUCCAUUCUGGACGCAGCUAUGGAAGGACAGGUGGACACCUAUGUGGGUGGGAUUCCAGAUGUUCCUGUUACUGCCACACCAGUGUCUGCAUUUUAUAAUGGCUGCAUUGAGAUAGAGGUCAAUGGUCAACGGCUGGAUUUCGAUGAAGCCGUCCUCAAACACAAUGACAUCAAAUCCCAUUCCUGCCCACCAUUCUAAAGGCAUUUGGUUUGUGGUUCAGCUUAGCAGGUUACUCUUAAUUGAUACAAGUGUAUACAUUGGUUCCCAAUGAAAUGUACUGGUUUCUACUGUAUAAUACCUAAUACAAGGUACUACAAAAAUAAUGGAUGUCUAAGUAACUUCUAUUUUAAAUGGUCAUACUUAUUUAGGUUUUUUUUUUAUGGAGAGGCUUGGUGAAAGUGCCUCAAAAAUCACUGUUCAAACACUAGGACAGUACUCGUACAUAUACAUACAUACAUACAUACAUA